ACCAGCUUGAACUUGGUUGACGUCAGGCGAGCUCCACCGAUGGCGGAUGUGGAGGCACCGGCGGCCAAGCGGCUGGCCCGCGCGGGCAGCUUCUCGGGCGUGUGGUGGAAGCUCGGCGACCCCGCCGGGGACCCGGCCGCGGUGGAGCGCCGGCUGCGCGCCGUCGCCGACGAGGAGGCCGCCGUCCGUGCCCGCAUCCAGAGCCGCCACGCCAGUGCGCGCGGCGUCCGGCGCGGCAUCGCCGUCGCCUCCCUCGCCAUCGAGGUGGUGGCGUUGGUUCAUGCUUACUGGACGGCGAGGCGGCGGAGCGUGGCCGGGUGGAGCAGGAAGCUGCUGCUCCUGUUUGCGCCUCCUCUGCUCGCCGUACCCGCCUCGGCCGCCGUCGUCUUGGCUGCGUUCGCCAGGCUGCACAAAAUGUUGGAGGCGCGGGACGAGCAGCGGCUGAGGGCGCUGGUGGCGGAGCGCAAGGCCAAGAUCGGGCAGUUCAGAGGCAGCCACCACAACAUGCAGAAGCUCAUCGAGGUCUCCACUAAGUACGAUCCAGAUGCUGCUGCUGCUGCUGCUACUUCCGACCAGCCGGUCACUGCCGCCGCCGCCGGGAGGAUCAAGCGGAGCCACUCGCGGCUGAGCUUCCACAUCGGAGACGACUGACUCAACCUCCAUCCACCUUCUCCGCAUCAUCCAUGGCGACGACGACGACAUCAUCGAUCACGCGUGCAACAUUUGUCUUCACUAGCCUAGUGGCACUACCAGCAUAGUAAGGCCCGCGGAUUACUAGCAUAAUACGUGAAAAAAAGUGUGGCUUCAGGCAUAUUUAUACACGUACGUGCAGACACAUUGGUUGGUUGGUUUGGUUGUACCCUUGGGCAUUUCAAUUGGGACACUUUUUUGCGAUUCAA